GUCGUCGAAGCGCAGCCGUGCGAGUGACACGCGUAUAACCUAGCACGAGCUUAUCAAGACAAUCUAAUCAUGUCGAAGUGUGACCAAUGUAAUAAAACGUUUUCUAAAUCGAUGCCCGGAUGUGAAUGUGCCCGAUGUGAAAAAAUGGUACACCUAAAUACCAGAUGCAGCGGUCUUACGAACAAACAGAUAACUGCAUUAAAGGCGGCCCCAAGCCUAGACUGGACUUGUAUGGAAUGCCAGCAGGAAUCCCCGAAGCGAAACUCCUCUUUGUUUAUAACAGAGGAUGCAGAGGAGGAUAUACCUAUGGACACUAAGGGGCUAAUACAUAAAAUCUCCAAGGAGGUGGAAAAAACUAUAAAGAAGGAAAUAAGCGAACUUAACCAAUCUCUGCAAUUUCACAGUACGAAGUUGGAUGAAGUAUUAGGUUGUAUUGAUGCCUUUAAAAAUACCAUAAAAGCUUUAGAAAGAAAAAACACGGAACUAUUACAAAAAAACAACAAUCUCGAAUUGAGGGUAGGCGUAUUGGAGCAGCGUUUCCAUGAGAUGGAACAGAAGAAACUUGCUAAUUCUAUAGAAAUAGCAAACGUCCCCCCUGCGAGCGAAGAGAAUGUGAUAAAAUUAGUUGAAAAUGUAGCAUUAAAACUUAAACAGCCCUUCGACGGUAUCCGUAACUCAAUGCGAUACCAAGGUAAAUACGACCAACCCGGCAUUAUACGAGUUAAACUUACUGAUAAAGCGACCCAAGAAAAGUGGAUUAAAGCUGCAAAAACCAUUAAAACUAUGGUGGCCGAUGUUUGCCCCUAUGAACCCAACAAUAACAAAAUAGUAUUCAUCAGGGAAGCAAUGACUAAAUCCAACAAAAGCAUUUUAUGGGAAGCCAAGCAGGAACUAAAGAACAAACAAAACUAUAAAUACGUUUGGUUUAAAAACGGUAUGGUUCGUGCAAGAAAGGAUGAUAACACGAAAAUAGAAAACUUAAGAUCUAUAUUGGAUAUACAAGCGUUAAAAAAAAAAGACAGAAUGUCAAUUAACUGCCCAAAUUAAAUUGCAUAUAAAUUAUUAUUAUUAAUAUGGAUAGUUUAACUAGUGAUAUUUGUGAAUUAGAAGACUGUAUAAACAUAAAUGAUUUCGUGAGUAAAAUACCCAGCAAACAUUUAAAUCUGUUGUGUGUACACAUAAAUAUAAGGUCAAUCAUAAAAUAUUUUGCUAGCCUCGAGCAAUGUAUAUAUGCGGCUAACACUAUUGACGUUAUUGUUGUUACAGAGGUUAACAUUUCUGAUAGAAUCAGUUGUUUGUACAAUUUAAAUGGAUAUCAAAUGUUCUCAGCGCUCAGAAACAGUAGGAAAGGUGGUGGUAUCUUAGUUUAUGUAAAAAAGAAACAUAAAUUUAGUAUACAAAUUGUAAAAAGCCAACAUUUCGAGAAUAUACUCUUUACCAUCACAACUCAGACGAAAUACACUGCGCAUAUUUGUGCUAUUUACCGCCCACCUAGCCUAAGCAAGAGCCUGUUUAUUGACGAACUUCAUAAUAUCAUUAAGAGUAACUGCCAGAAAAAUAUAGACUUGUAUCUAUUGGGGGACGUUAAUAUAAACCUAAAGCUAGACAUUCCUAUAAAACAUAAAUAUUGCAACACAUUACACAGUUUAGGCCUUAUGUGUGGGAUCACAACAUACACUAGGGCAGAACUAUACAAAGGAAUCGUUACAAAAUCAUGCAUAGAUCACAUAUACGCUCGAUCCCAAACACACGACCUAUACACUGCAGCGGUUGGCACAAAACUAGCGGACCAUCGAGCGAUCGUGCUCGCUUGCACUAAAGCACAGCUACAGGAUGUUCCAACAUAUAAAACAUUAAUUGACAAAAAUAAAUUAACGACCCUUCUAGAGCAAAUUGAUUGGAAGCCGACAGUAGAAAUGACGUGUCCUAUUGGUAUAUACAACUUCAUACAAAAUAACAUAACUCAAGCAUAUAAAAAAUCAGAAUAUACAGUUAAACUUAAAUCUAACACUCAUCGAAACAGUAACCAUUGGAUUAAUAAUAGAAUUAUUAAAGCAUGUCAUUACAGAGAUAAACUUUUUACUCAAUAUAUAAAAGAUACAAACAACUUAAUACUAAAACAAAAAUAUAAUAAAACCAGAAAUUAUGUCAAUAAAUUAAUAAAUAAAACUAAAAAUAAAACACUUAGAACCAAUAUAGAAGCUAAUAAAAACAAUCUAAAAAAUCUAUGGGAUAUAUUAAAUCAAUUAACAGGAAAAAUUAAAACAUCCAUUGACGUAGCAAUACAAAACUCAUUUGAAAAUCAAAAUGUUACGUGUAAAGAUAUUGCAAAUAAUUUUGCAACUACCUUCCACAAUAGUAUCAGUAAUGUUGCAACCAACUGUGCAAUUCCACUGUUGGAUACAAGUUUAUACCGGCGAGCAGAAAAUACUAGUAUGAGAUUUCAGUCAGCAGACCCUAAAUCUGUCGCAAAGAUAAUAAAAUCAUUAAACGACAAAAAAUCUCCAGGCGCAGAUAGAAUUAGAACUAUAGACAUUAAAAUGUUAUGCAAUAAAAUAAACGUAGCCAUAGCUAAUCUUAUUAACACGAGCAUUUACACUGGACAGUAUCCUAAUUUAUUAAAAACAGGUAUAGUACGACCAAUAUACAAAAAUGGUAGCAAAAAAAACUAUAAUAAUUAUCGUCCAAUAACUAUACUGCCAACAAUCAACAAAAUAAUUGAAAAAUAUAUAUGUGGACAAAUCCAAAGUUAUUAUAAAAAACACAAUAUUCUUUCUAACAAACAAUACGGAUUUCAACCAAAUAAAAACACCACACAAUUACUAUCCGCAUUCACAGAUCUUAUUUAUAAGCACUUAAAUAAAAAGGAUCAUGUCCUGGUAGUGUUUAUUGAUUAUAGUAAGGCAUUCGACACAUUAAGACACAGCGUAAUCCUACAAAACCUAAAUGACUGCGGAGUACGAGGAAACCUGCUCAAGUGGUGUGAAAACUAUCUGCAAGAUAGAACUUAUCGUGUUAAAGUGUGCAACGAAGAAAGUUUCCCAAUAUCCAUAACAGAAGGUACGGCUCAGGGCUCAGUUAUUGGACCCUUGCAUUACCUUACCUACGUUAACACAUUACCUAACAUAAUAAAAUAUUGCCAGAUAUUCCAAUUUGCAGACGAUACAUGCCUAGUAGCCGCUGGGGCUAACAUACAAGAAGCAGAAACAAAGCUGCAAGCCGACUUCGAUGCAUUGGCUGAAUGGUCCCACGACGUGGGACUUGUACUAAAUCCGGGUAAAACAAAGUUCAUGCAUAUCCGAUCUAGUCGCAAUCUGGGCGCGCGUGCACCCCACUUGGUCUUGCACAGCCACAUUUGUGCACAUUCCAGUAAAU